AUGCCUCCGAAGAAAACAGACAAACGCAGCAAAGUCUCCAAACUGCCCAAGCAGAAAGCUAAGGUGGGCGCCAUCUUCAGUGGCAUAUCUAGGGCUGCUCCUUGCUCUACCGACAUCGGCAGUAUGGUCAAUGUAAUCGGUGGUCCAUCCCGAUCCCUAAGCGUCUCCAAUCUUCUUGGUCAGGACAGGAUAUUGCAAGAAGAGCAAAACGUCUUCAAGUAUCCGGCUCCAGGUCCAGUACAAACUGAAGCCAACGAGAUUUCCUCUCCAAUCGUUCAAUUGGGCACGUUUUGUCACUUUUGUUGCGACCAAACCAAUUCACCCUACAGUCACGAGUGCCCGAUCUGCUCGAGGAUCGGACAAGGCAAGGAUAAGCCCUUGCGUUACGCAUUCAUUGGCUUUGGGAAGCGGAAGAAAGCCAAGAUGGCCUGGCCCAUGGCCAUCGUUAAUCUGAACCUGGAGUCGAUGAAGGACGACUAUUUGGCCAACACCGUGACUCUAGAAAUGCAGAACCAUUACAGAACGUUUCAGAACAAUGCAAGUCCAAAUGAUAUAACCUCUUGUCUCACAUUUACGAUUCUUGUUUUCCAGUUGUAUUACACUACGUUGCACAUGCGAGGUGGUGCGCACCAAUCUGAGUCAAAAAAGCUGGCUCCCGGUGUAGAGUUCAUCACUCGCAAUCUUAAAGCGGGCUAUCCUCCCAACGUUUUCCUUCUGGUGGACACGCAUUCCGACGAAUUCACAGGGAUGCUUCAGCAUACCGGAGGCCACACAGGUGGCACAAGCACCACGAUAACCGAAAUACUCAUGGCUUACCUUGGAGAAAGGUUCUUGGCCAUGAUGCGAGAAUCUUCCGCGCUAGCGAGGGGCAACAAGACGGUGGUGAAGACUAUCAAUGGGAGUGACCAUUGGUGCAAUCUCACCGCUGGUUCUAGGGGUGGAUGGAGGGGGUUGAUCAUGGUUAGCUGCGGACCUGCCAUCAGGCAAUUUAGUCGACUUCGUGGUGGCAUUCGGAGGAUCGGGCACGUUACCAUCCAUGAUUUCCACUGCAACAUAGGCGUCUUCGGAGGGACCGAUGUUUGGCCCACCAUGUGCGAAAUUCUGAUUUCCAGCAACGAUUUCCUCGACUACACAACUGCGGUUCUUGUGUUCGCAAACACGGUGGACAAUAAGAAGGUAGCUGAAUGUCGUCAAAUUAGCAAGGACAUUCCAGCAACACGGGCAUUUGGUUAUGAGUUCAAAUCGUGCCCUACCCCAAAAUGUCAGCCAGUCCCAGCUGAUAUGCGAGUUCACAACAAAGGCCAGAAAGUUCAGCUUCGAUGCUCCUUAUGCAAAUGGAGGUCGUCUUGGGUGAAGAACCAUGAGGGAAACAAACACUUUCACCAGGUAUCAAGGUCGCGUGCUCCUCAGCUUUUUUGGCAUCACUUCCCCGCAUCCACGGACCUACAGAACUUUUUCGUGGAAAUCACUAACGCUGAGCGCGCUCAAGCUUCGGCAUCCGCUUCUGGAGGGCAGAGCACGAAAGGUUGGGAGAAGAAAGGAAAGAGUAAACGUCAAGGCGGAAUAGCUAUGGAGAUCGAGCAAGAUUCACACAUGGCCGAUUAUGAUAGUGACGAUGAGUCCAUGGUGUUUGAUUGA